AUGGCGGUAGGAAAGAUGCUGAAGAAGGCAUUGGUGCAGCACCCGGCGUACGCAUCAAAAGGAAGCAUCGUGAAUUCCCAAAUCAAAGCGAAGGUCACUCCGCCCUCUUCGUCUCAGUUGGGUCAGUUCCUUGGGAUUCCUGAACCCACUCGUUCCGAUCUUUCCAAGCUCAUCUCCCGGUUCAUCAAGCUCAACAAUCGCCAGAAUCCUGGUAUGAAGAAGGAUAAUUUCACUGAAGAUAAGCUGAAAGCGCUACUGGCUGGCAAGGAAAGAGUUGGUAUCCCUGAAAUAGCAAAGUUGCUCUCCCAGCAAUUCGUCAAAUCUCGCUGA